AUGGGACACACAGAGGAGCCGUCACAAGAGAGUGAUUCACAACAAUCGAAAGUGAAUGAUAAGGAAGAAGAAGCUCGGCUAAAGAAGGAACAUUCAGAUCGAAAACUAAGUGAAAUAGAACAGAAGGAAAUUGAUAAUAGGGUCAUACUCUGGGCUAAAAACAAGAACUUCAUUUUUAUGAUGUCAUCACUUCACCAGAUUAUUUGGUCCAAUAGUUCAUGGGAGACUGUUCAUCACUUCGAUUUGCUAAACAAUGACAAUGAGAUAGAUUUAGCAAAACGUAAAGCACUGCUUACUUUACAUCCAGACAAACAACAUGGAGCUAGCACCGAACAGAAGUAUCUGGCAACAAGACUUUUCAGCGUAAUAAAGCAAGAAUGGGAUACCUACAUCAAGAAAAAGAAAGUGUGA